UCCGCUCGCGGGCUCGGUGGGAUCGGUGCUCGCUUCUUCGCCGCCAGGGCUGAGCGAGGGGAGAGGCAAGAUGGCGGAUAAGGCGCCCAGCGGCUCGCAGAAAGCCAGUGGGAAGGUCAGAGUGCCAGAUGCACACACCACUGGAUCUGCGGAUACGCAUCCUCUAAUGGAAAGCAAACUUAAAGCAUUCAGUAUUGGCAAAAUGAGUGCUGCCAAACGGACUCUGAGCAAGAAGGAGCAAGAAGAAUUAAAAAAGAAGGAGGAUGAGAAGGCUGCAGCAGAAAUUUAUGAAGAAUUCCUUGCUGCCUUUGAAGGAAGUGAUGGGAAUAAAGUGAAAACAUUUGUAAGAGGAGGAAUUGUUAAUGCAUCUAAAGAGGAGCAUGAAACAGAUGAAAAACGGGGUAAAAUCUAUAAGCCUUCAUCACGAUUUUCAGAUCAAAAAAAUCAACCAAGCCAGCCAUCUAAUGAGAAGCCUCCAUCCCUCUUAAUGAUAGAAACCAAAAAGCCUACACUCCCCAAAAACAAAAACAAACAAACAACUUUGCCUGGGCCAUUGAAGAAAGGAGAGAAGGAAAAGAAAAAGAGUAAUUUGGAACUUUUUAAAGAAGAAUUAAAGCAAAUACAAGAGGAGCGUGAUGAAAGACAUAAAACAAAAGGUAGACUGAGUCGUUUUGAACCACCUCAAUCGGAUUCAGAUGGCCAGCGUCGUUCAAUGGAUGCUCCUUCAAGAAGAAACAGAUCAUCUGGUGUACUGGAUGAUUAUGCACCAGGGUCACAUGAUGUUGGAGAUCCAAGCACAACAAAUUUGUAUCUUGGAAACAUUAAUCCUCAAAUGAAUGAAGAGAUGUUAUGUCAAGAAUUUGGACGCUUUGGACCAUUAGCGAGUGUUAAAAUUAUGUGGCCGAGAACUGAUGAAGAAAGAGCAAGAGAAAGAAAUUGUGGCUUUGUUGCCUUCAUGAACAGGAGAGAUGCUGAAAGAGCAUUAAAGAAUUUAAAUGGCAAGAUGAUUAUGUCGUUUGAGAUGAAGCUAGGCUGGGGCAAAGCUGUACCUAUACCACCACAUCCAAUAUACAUUCCGCCUUCUAUGAUGGAGCAUACCCUCCCGCCUCCUCCGUCAGGACUGCCUUUUAAUGCCCAGCCUAGGGAGAGAUUGAAGAAUCCUAAUGCUCCAAUGCUACCGCCACCAAAAAACAAGGAAGAUUUUGAGAAGACUCUGUCGCAAGCCAUAGUCAAAGUGGUUAUCCCAACAGAAAGGAAUUUGCUCGCUUUGAUACAUCGAAUGAUAGAGUUUGUGGUACGGGAAGGGCCUAUGUUUGAAGCCAUGAUCAUGAACCGAGAAAUCAACAAUCCAAUGUUCAGGUUUUUAUUUGAAAACCAGACUCCAGCCCAUGUAUAUUAUAGAUGGAAGCUUUAUUCAAUUCUUCAGGCAAAUGCUCCAACCAAGUGGAGGACAGAAGAUUUCCGUAUGUUCAAAAAUGGAUCAUUCUGGAGGCCACCACCAUUGAAUCCAUACUUGCAUGGGAUGUCAGAAGAGCAAGAAACGGAAGCGUUUGUGGAGGAACCAAACAAGAAGGGUGCACUUAAGGAAGAACAGAGGGACAAAUUGGAGGAAAUUCUGCGUGGAUUAACACCUCGGAAGAAUGAUAUUGGUGAUGCAAUGGUUUUCUGUCUAAAUAAUGCGGAAGCUGCUGAAGAAAUUGUAGACUGCAUUACAGAAUCACUGUCCAUUCUGAAGACUCCUCUUCCUAAGAAGAUUGCAAGAUUAUAUCUAGUGUCAGAUGUGCUAUACAACUCUUCAGCUAAAGUUGCCAAUGCUUCCUACUAUAGAAAAUUUUUUGAAACAAAAUUAUGUCAAAUAUUCUCUGAUCUCAAUGCUACUUACCGUACAAUACAAGGCCAUUUACAGUCUGAAAAUUUCAAGCAACGGGUAAUGACAUGCUUCCGAGCAUGGGAAGACUGGGCGAUCUAUCCAGAACCAUUUCUGAUUAAACUACAGAAUAUUUUCUUGGGGCUUGUAAAUAUCAUGGAAGAUAAAGAAACGGAGGAAGUACCAGAUGAUCUUGAUGGUGCUCCCAUUGAGGAAGAGCUUGAUGGUGCUCCACUAGAAGAUGUGGAUGGAAUUCCUAUUGAUGCUGCUCCUAUUGAUGAUCUGGAUGGAGUGCCAAUUAAAUCGCUGGAUGAUGAUCUUGAUGGAGUUCCUUUGGAUACAGCUGAAGACUCAAAAAAGAAUGAGCCUAUAUUUAAAGUUGCCCCUUCGAAGUGGGAAGCAGUGGAUGAAUCGGAACUGGAAGCUCAAGCUGUUACUACUUCUAAGUGGGAGCUUUUUGACCAACAUGAAGAAUCUGAGGAGGAAGAAAUUCAGAAUCAAGAAGAAGAAAGUGAAGAUGAGGAAGACACUCAGAGCUCUAAGUCAGAAGAGCAACACAUGUAUUCCAAUCCUAUUAAAGAAGAAAUGCCUGAAUCCAAGUCAUCAGUCAAAUAUUCAGAAAUGAGUGAAGAAAAGCGUGCCAAACUCCGAGAGAUAGAGCUUAAGGUGAUGAAGUUUCAGGAUGAGUUAGAGUCUGGGAAAAGACCCAAGAAACCAGGCCAGAGUUUUCAGGAACAGGUUGAACACUAUAGAGACAAGCUGCUCCAGAGGGAAAAAGAAAAAGAGUUGGAAAGAGAACGGGACAGAGACAAAAAGGACAAGGAGAAAUCCGAUUCCAGGUCCAAAGAUAAGAAGGAAAAGGAGGAAUGUACACCAACAAGAAAAGAGAGGAAAAGACGACACAGUACUUCACCUAGCCCAUCUCGCAGCAGUGGCAGUAGACGAGCAAAAUCUCCAUCACCAAAAUCAGAACGCUCAGAGCGCUCUGAACGGUCCCACAAAGAGAGUUCACGUUCUCGAUCAUCACAUAAAGAUUCUCCCAGAGAUGUCAGCAAAAAAGCCAAAAGGUCGCCAUCUGGCUCCAGGACACCCAAAAGAUCAAGAAGAUCACGAUCCAGAUCCCCUAAAAAGUCAGGAAAAAAAUCCAGGUCUCAGUCCCGUUCUCCUCACAGAUCUCACAAGAAGUCAAAGAAAAGCAAACACUGACAAUGUUAAUAUUUUUUAUGAUGCUGUCACUUACUGGAAAUGCGGUUUUGUUUUUGUGCCUGAACAGUCUGUUAAAAAAAAAAAAAAACAAACAAAAAAGCAUUCCUGAUUAUUUUUUUUUGUGAAUGCACGUGUAUACUCAUGAGUAUCAGCAUCUGUAGACCUGUCAUUGUUUUAUAUUGUACAAAAUAUCUUCAUUGUGACUAUUUCCCAAAAGAAACAUUUUUGUGUUUAGAAGUUUCAUCAGAAAUGUGUGUAACUGAUCUGCUGGCAGUAGUGAUAUUUUGUUUUAGAAUGUUGUGACAUAGCAGAAAUAACUCAAAUGUUCCCCCUUUUUGUAGCUUUGACAAUUUGAAUUAGAUUUCAAAUAAAAUCUGAACAGAAAAUUAAGAUGUUGUUUUCUUGCCCCACUGGUGACAGAGAUUUCUAAAGGAAUUCAUAGUUUGUUUGGAAGUACUGUGUAUUUCAGACACACUAUGGUGCUUAGAUCUUUCAGUAAAGUGGUAGCUCUGUUCCUGUUUUCGCUAGUUUGACUAUCCAGAUAAAAGCACCUUCUGAAUCCAGUGGAUGGGUUUUCUUUCCUACGUGACAUUUUACUGUAAGAACAGUUGAACAGUCUGGUACCUACCAUGAUAAGUUUUAUAAGUAAAUCUUGGCUUCGUAUUUCUCCAUUUUAUGAAUUGCAGGGAAUAUUUGUGACACCAGAGUAAUGGUUUUGUUUUUUAAAAAGGGCCUCUGCAGAGAUGCAUCACAUGUAUGUGUAUCAUAUAUAUGAUGUAUCAAUAACAAGCCAUAUUUAUGGCAUGCAUGGGGAACAAUAAAAGGACAGCAAGCCUGAGGCUCUGAAACUUCUUCCUUAAGUAAAGGCACAAUAAUUGCAACCUACAGUACACUGUUUUCUAAAACUGAUUUUUACUCCAAAAGGACAACUUUUACAUUAUUUUACUGAAUUUAUUCCUCUGUUGUGGAAAUUCUUCAAAAUGGGAAAAAAAACUGAAAUUUUUUUAUGUGUUUUAUUUAUUGAUAUUUUGGAAUCAAGAGGCUGAUAAACUUUUUUUUUAAUGUUAGGCUUUCUCUUCUCCAAACGUGUUCUGUGUUAGGCAUUGAUGUGGCUUUAAAUUGCUUCACCUCGGUCUCUCAUCAUGCAACCUUUCUGUGGGGGGGAAGGGAUGAGAAAUGGGGAGGGUUCAAUGUUUAUACUUGGAGGUGUGGGCAGUUUGUAAUAAAAACAUAAAAUUAAAAGGGAUCUGGCCUCCUGUGAACUGUUUCUAAAAGCAAAAGCUGUACUUAACUACAGGCACAGAGUGCUAGAUGAUGGCCGGCUAAUAUACUUGUGUAUCUACAGGCUUUACAUUGUUAGAAUUUUGUAAAUGUGCCGGGGAAAAUCUUGUGUUGUAUGUGUAUAUAGCUUAAGAGGCAACGCUUCCAGAAGCAGGAUCUAAAAGGUCUUUUGAAAAACGUGCAUACUUAAUUUCUUUUAAAAAAAAAAAAAAAUUCUCCCUUUUUUUCCUGAUAGGAGACUUUGUUAUUAUAUAAAUUGUUGCACAAGUGAGAACUAAGUGGAGAAUUCUCUUUGCUAACGAGAACUGAGAGAUGAUCUGGAAUACUGAAAAUACGGAGAAUGCAUGUGUACUGUAAAGAUAUUCUAAGAAAGAGUAUUGAAUAGAUGCAUUAAUAAUGAGAAAAAAUACACCUUAUAUCUGUUUAUAUUACAUUAUAAAGAAUCUGUUUUAGAAGUGUGCAGAGUUUAUUUUUAUAUUUUUCUUUCUCCCUGUAACAUAAGGUGUUUCAGAUGUACAGGUUUUGGUAGCUAAACUAUUAGAAACUAAAGUGUUUGUUUUUAAAUGCUGUGUAUUCACACCUGGCACAGACUAGAUAAGGUUUUCUAGAAAAAGUAGGUACUAAAAUCAGUUUGAACAGGGAGAAUCCUAACUUUAGAAUAGGAAGAAUAUCACUUUAGAUCCGAUUAACUACUUUAAAACUAUUACUUUUAUCUUGUAGCUGUUCAUAAAUGGAGCGAUAAAUGGCAAUGUUCUAGGUGAAGUGAGACUAAAGAUAGUUUGCUACAGGAAUAGUCUAUCUGCAGAAUCAAUUGUGUAUUUCAUUUAAUAGCUAAAAAUCCUCAGGGUAGAAUAUCACUUGGUGUUAUAGGUUAGCCACAUUUUUCAAUAAUUAAUUUUGAUUUCAGCUUUUAUAAAACUUAUCAGUGAUUAUAAAAGGCUGGAGCCAAGUAGCUAGAGAGCUAAAGGAGCACACCCAUUAGACUUUAUUUUGUAGUGGCUUUAUUACGCAAUACCUUUCUUUGAGUGUCUUUAGUCUCUAAAUACCAUUCUCGUACCUCUUGUUCUUUGCUUCAUAUCCUGGGCUUUAGAAAAGCUGUUUUGUACCUCAUAGUCUUUUAAGAGCAAUUAAGAAUCUGUAUACUUAACUGGAUGCCUGUGUUUUUUCUCCUGUUGAAAGGAGCAUCUUUUGAUCCUACUUACUCUUUCCAUUUUCUUCCCUUCUUUUAGAAAUAGUUUUGUUUAUAGCUUGGCUUUUCUGCAAAGAAAAGGGUGGGGGAGACAGCAUCUGUUAACAGAUCUUUACAAAAGAUGCAAAUUAAUAUUGAAGAUUGAAAAUUAGACUGCCUGUGAAACUUAUUUUUCCUCAGGUCAUGUUGCAGUGGCAAGGUAUAGUUGCAGUGUGCCAUUACUGUGUAACUUGUGUUUCUGCAGCUUUUUGGGGUGAAAUGGUGAAAAAUCACCUAGUUGAUGUAGGGUGGGGGCAAUUUAAAUACUGAUCCUGGGAUUCAGAAAGUAGCAUUGAGAUGAAUCCCUGUGGAAAAAAGCUUUGGCCUGAGGAGGUGUGGUGCCGUGCUUCCAAGUGGUUUUUGUGGUUGUAGAGGAAGAGGAGAGCCCACAACAUGCCCUGAUGCCCCCGGCCAGUGAGUGUCUGACCCUUUGCUUUGGGAGGGAGAGGAGGCCUGAGGGGGUAAGGGGCUCCCCUGUCCUCUCCUGCCCUGCCGUACAGGUGGUAUCUGAGGUAAAUAUUCAUGCUGUAGCGUUUAGGUUUAUCCAAAGCAGAGAAACUGAGUGUGGCUUGCUGCAGCCGAGUCCUGCAGCCUGAGACAGCAGCUGGUGAGGCCAGUCUGUGUGGGGUGGCAUUAGAGAUGGAACGGAUGUGGUGUGUUCCCAGGUAGGUACUGGAGACGGCCAUGCUGGCACGUUUUGGUGAAGCCUGCCCAGUGCUCUGUAGGUGACUCAGAUAUUUACACAAAGGCCUUCCAGGUACGGAGUGGGGAGUUUGACUCUGGCUUUUCUGAACCAGUCCUGACCCCUGUGAGUUCUGUCAGACAUGGACUCCAGCUCUGAGCGUGUGGGCCCUGUCGGAGUGGAGAAAAGCUACUUGGUUGCAUAGUCUCCUUCCGAUAAUUAAAAUCUUUCCUUACCAGUAUUACAGAAGUGUUUAUAUUUGAACUGACUUUUUUAAACUCUGACUUCCUUUGACUUCUCUGCACACCAGCUGCAUAUACCUUUUGUAAUACUAUUUGAGGAAGAGUUGGUUUCUGAAAGUUGGUGUCAGGUUAUUACUUUGGCACUGGGCACCGUGCAUGUGUUCUCCCCCUCACCUCCCCCUUGGAGGUUUUGAAGUGUAAGAAUAAACCACUUAUGAACAAGGGUAACAAAAUAUGUUUUCCAAAGCAUAUAUUUAGAAUCGCAACUAUCGCUGAUGUGAGUUCAUCUGUCCCAGUGACACUGAAUAUGCUCCUGCUUUCUGCAUUUACAAAUCACCUUAUGUACUGAUAUAGCAGCUCCACUUAAGCACAUGUGAACCCUUUAAAGUUGCUGGAUGAUUGUAUUAACUCUGUUUUUCUGUUUGUAAAACUACUCCCAUGCUUUUUCAGUGAUGAUCUUAGGAUUAUCCCCACCGUUGGGAUACCUUUCAAACUUGUAUUGGUUUUAUUUAAUAAAUUUUGAGGCAGAUUUUAUAGCUGAAACUGUGUAAAAUAUUGUAUCAAACUUCCAAUCUGGCAUGAGUACUGCCUGAGACAUCUCAGUUACUAAAUGGGAAAUCCAGUUUUAUACUUGGGAGGUUCUUGGGGAUCAACUGGUGUUUGAGGUGUGUUCUUGGCAUGUUGAAAAGAAAAUGGUGCUGUCUCUGAACUGUGUCUGGAAGAGGAAGGUAUCUUGAAGGAGCUCAUGUAACAUGACUUAAAAACUAGAAUCUUGUGAUGAGAAAAGCAGGAUUGGCCAAAAAUGGCACAUCUGUUUGAGCCUCUUUGAUGACUUUAGGCAGCUUGCUUGUGGGUUUUUCCUCCGCGUGCAUUUACAGUCUGUUGGCAGAGUUAAUGUUUUUAAUAAAUAAAAAAUAGAAGCAUUGUAUUUCUGCAGAUGGAUUAAGGUCUGAGCUUUGUAUCUAGUUUUAGACUGCUGGCUUGCUGUACUUUCAUACGGCCGCUUGAGAAAUUUGGAGCAAAACGUUUCUCAGCUGUUGGGGGUCUACACUGAAUACUUAUGUAAGGACACACGUAUUUGGCUGCAUUAAGGUAAAGGUAGUUUUGAAGGAUAUUUGAAUUGCUGCCUUUUUAGUAGAGAUUGGCCUACUUUCUAUACAUUUUCUUUGUUGGAAAAUCUAGAUUUUGGGGCAACAAGAGAAAUUAUCUACAGCUGAAGACUGUAGCAGUGGAAUAAUCUAGAUGAGAAUUUUACAGUUUUUUAAAAUCAACUGUUCAGUAUUAUGAGAUUUAUCAAAUUACAGACUUGUUAUUAGUAGUCAAACCGUGCAAAUUAUCUCAGAGUUUACUUUUCUGAAUAAGGCUGUUGAGUUCAUAAACUCAAAUUUUAUUAAAACUGCUCAUAGUAGUAUUUAAAACUUUUUUCUUGUUCUCAUUGCUGUGUGAGCUAUUGCGAGACUUUCAGGUGUGCGUGCCACUGCUAUAACUGCUGCUCCUCAGUGUGCAAGCUGCUCUUCUAAGAGUCAUAACUAACAUGCUAAUUUAAUUUUGUCCACAUGUAUUUUUCCCAUGUAGGAUUUAGAAGUCUUAAGCAGUUGCAUACUAUUUUUUCUCCACCUGCUUCUGUCAGCACAGUCAGUUUUCAUGGGUAAGCCUGUGCCAUUUGUCACUUCUGAUGUCUAAUCUUGUGCAGGGAUGUUUUAACUGUGUAACUCUGUCAUAAACUGGAAAGUUUUCUGUUUGUGGUUCUUUGAAGAGGAAAUGAUAGUUUCACAUGAACUUUUUUGUCUUACUUGCUUUUGGUUUUGUAUUUUAUACAGAAAAUUUUCCAAAUGAGAUGGCGACAAUAAAAUUGUCAGUUUGCCG